AUGGGGGGGAAAAACAAGAGGCUACCUACAGUGAGCCAGGUCACUGCGGCCCCCUCAUGGCAGCCAGCCGGCCCGAUGGAUGAGUUCCUCGCCACGCCGCAUGGCCUCCGAGACUCCGGCGAGGCUGGCGCAUCGGCCCCUGACUCCCCGGACUCCAGCAUAGCGGGCUCGGCACGGGAUUCCGGCACACCUGGCACCCUUUCCCAAAUCUCCGCAGACCUUGCCGCGAUCUCAGCAAGUAUGAUGACCCGGAUGGACAAAGGAGAAAUGGUGGCUGAACUAAGGGCAAUAAUAAGGGAAGAAAUUGCGGCUGUUCGCACCGACCUCACGGCCCUGGAGCAGCGGGUUGAUGAGUUGGAGACGGAACGCCCACAAACCCAGCAGCACCGACAGGCAUCUGAAUUGGCGACCACAAGACAAGGCAAUAUCCUCCUGGACCUCCGCCGGCAGGUUGAAGACCUAGAUAAUCGCGGCCGGCGGAAUAACAUCAGGGUUAGGGGCCUGCCUGAAUCUGAGGACGAGGUACCGCAGGAACUACUGACCGGCCUAUUUGCGCAAAUACUGGGAGAUGCAGCCCCUGGCGACUUCGGCAUCGAAAGGGCCCACAGGGCACUGCGCGCCCCCAGAAGGGAUGGUCUGCCGAGAGACAUGAUUUGUGCCCUCCUAUCGUUCCCACUGAAGGAAUCGAUAAUGCGGGCAGCACGUGCACAGCAACAUAUAACAUACAUGGAAGCCCAGAUCUCCCUGUACCAGGACUUAUCCACAAUCACCCUAGAUGCCCGCAGAGCCUUGCGGCCACUUACCCGAGCACUCCAGGAGCGGCGAAUUCCAUAUAAAUGGGGAUUCCCAUUUAGCCUGCAGGCCCGAGUGGGAAACGUGUGGCACAUCAUACGCUGGCCGAACGACGUGCCACGGUUUUUAAGAUCCGCCAAUCUACCUGCUGUCACUGUGCCAAACUGGAUCCUGGAGGAACCCCCAGCACGAGCCACAGGCCCAACUGAAGUGGCCCACAACAUACACCUGGAGCCUGGACCACCAAGGCGCAGAGGAGGCCCGGUAGGCCCAGAGGAAUAA